UGCAUUGCAGCGUUAUGCCUCGCUCUAUCUCCAUUAAGUCUCAUGGCCAUGAGUCUAUGAAUCUGUGAUGAUGUUUUGAUUAUGUAAUGUAAGAAUUGGAAGGAAUAGAGGAUGAGCAGAGGUGGACGGGAGGCGGAGCGGAGAAUCUUACGCCUACUCCAUGGCCACAGCACCAGAACCCAAUUGCCCGAAAUCCAUGCUCACUUCCUCCGCCAUCACCUCCACCAAUCCAACCAGCUCCUCUCCCAUUUCGUUUCCGUCUGUGGCUCCCUCCACAAGAUGCCCUAUGCCCACCUCGUUUUCCUCCAGACUCAAAACCCCAAUCUCAUCCUCUUUAACUCCAUGAUCAAAGGUUACUCCAUCUCCGGACCUUCUCUACAAUCCCUCCAUCUCUUUUCCCUCAUGAGAAGCCGUGGAAUCUGGCCCGACCGAUUCACCUUGGCCCCUCUGCUCAAGUCCUGCUCCAACCAUCCCGAUAUCAAUCUAGGCCGAGGAGUCCAUGCCGAGAUUGUCGCUCUUGGGUUCGAAUCCCACCCUCCCAUUCAGAUAGGGCUUGUGGAGCUUUACUCCUGUCACGACUCGAUGGAGGAUGCCGAACGGGUGUUUGAUGUUAUGUCUCACAGAGAUGUGGUUGCAUGGAAUAUGAUGAUCCGUGGGUACUGCAAGAGAGGAGAUGUGCAAUUAGGUCUUCAUCUUUUCAGUCAGAUGGAAGAGAGGAGCAUUGUUACUUGGAAUUCCAUGAUCUCCAGCUUAGCACAAAGUGAUCGGGACAAUGAUGCUCUGAAGCUUUUCCAUCAAUUGUGGGACAGUGGUUUGGACCCAGACGAUGCAACUCUCGUCACACUGCUUCCUGUCUGUGCCCGGUUGGGAGCGUACGACGUUGGGAGAUGGAUCCACUCGUAUGCUGAUUCUAGGAAGCUUUCUCGAGAUGUUGUCUCCGUGGGGAACUCCCUUGUAGAUUUCUAUUGCAAAUCUGGCGAUACGGAAACUGCUAGCAGGGUUUUUAAUGAGAUGCCUCGGAAAAAUGUGGUUUCUUGGAACGCCAUGAUCUCUGGACUGGCUUUUAAUGGACGGGGUGAGCUUGGCGUGGAUUUGUUUGAGGAGAUGAUGAAGCAAGGCGUGGCCCCAAACCAUGCAACUUUUAUUGGGGUUCUUGCUUGUUGUAGCCAUGCAGGAUUUGUGCAAAUGGGUCAGGAAUUGUUUAAUUCAAUGCUAACAGAACACCAACUCGAGCCUGGGCACGAGCACUAUGGAUGUAUGGUUGAUCUCCUUGGUCGUAGUGGUUGUGUGAAGGAGGCCUAUGGGUUGAUUACAAGCAUGCCCAUGAAGCCAACCGCUGCUUUAUGGGGUGCAUUGCUGAGUGCUUGCAGAACUCAUGGUGACCUACAACUUGCAGAAUGCGCUGUUAAGGAACUCAUUGACCUUGAGCCCCAUAAUUCGGGGAACUAUGUUUUGUUAUCAAACAUUUAUGCAGAAGCAGGCAAGUGGGAUAAAGUUGAAGAAGUGAGGGUGUUAAUGAGGGCGAAGAGUAUAAGGAAAGCUCCAGGCCGGAGUUUGAUUGGAUGAGAUUAGAAUCUGAGGAAGUUCAUUGAUAAAGUCUCUGAGUUAGAUUUAACAAGGAAAAAUCGAGGAUGAUAAGUAUUUAAAUCUU